UAUUUCACAGUGCUUAUAUUUUGUUCGUGGGUGGAUGGUCGCUCUUAAUUUAUAUUUGCAAUUGUUUAAAAUAUUUGUAAAUGUACAACGUUUUUAAAAAUUGCAAUCAUAAAGCCACGGUAUAACUAAAGUGAAUUUAAUAUUAAAUUUAACUACGUGAAAAUGUUAAAACAAAUUUGGGAAUUUCCCAAUGCUUCGCAAUAAUCUGUUGUUCCAAUUUUUUCUAAGGGUCCUUCAUUUACCCACGAUUUCAAUGGCGCCAAAUAUUCCUGGGGACAACCAUUAUGAGUCGAGGGAGCCAAUCUCGACAUUCGCAGUGUUGGACUUGGAAACGUCGAAUUUGCCUGAACAUAGGAAUAAUCGUGUUAGCAUCACGGAAUUGUGCAUCUACGCCUUUGAUGCUGCUAUUUUAUUGAAUAAUACGCGCUCAAGAGACUCCAACCCAGCAGAUGAACCGGUACACAAUGAACUACCCUCGGCACCAAGAGUGAUGCACAAGUUAAAUCUACUAUUCCAACCGUCAAUGCUUGUGCUUCCGGAAGCUGAAAUUAUUACAGGCUUAAGCAACUACCUUUUGGAGCGGGAGUCAAAGCUAAAUGAGAAUGCAGGUGAACUGAUUAAGAGGUUCGUGGAGCAUCUGCCCCCUCCCGUAUGUCUAGUUGCGCAUAAUGGCUGGCCAUUUGAUUUCCCCAUUAUUAAGCAGGCGCUUGGGAAGGUGAAUAUCAGUUUGCCAGCCUCAACACUUUGCGUUGAUUCACUGAGCGCUUUCAUGGCCAUUGACGAUAAGCGAAAUGAUAAGCCAGUUGCUGUUAAGGAGAGUACUUUGCCAAUUGAAACCAGAAGCGAGCUCGUUGACGCUGCUGACAACUCAACUGAGCGAGCUGUUACCCCAAAGGAAAUCAACUGGCAGGCACUAAACGAAAGCACGCCCAAGCGCCAAAUUCUGAACCGUCAAGACGCAGCACUUAAACGCCAGCGCAUGGACGCCGAUGGCACGGAAUUGCCAGCCAUCAAGCGGUCAUCCAACGAUAUAAAAGCACGACGUCAACUUUUUACUGGACUCAACAGUUCCAGCACAAAACGUUAUCCACCCCGCGGUGUCUAUCGUUUAUCAAGUUUGUAUAGCCGUAUAUUCGAGCGACCGGCUGUCAAUGCCCAUGAAGCGGAGGCGGAUGUCAGCAUGCUCACUAAGCUCAUUCAACACUACGGCGUAGAUUUUCUUGCUUUUGCCGAGGAGCAAUCCAUUCCAUUCGCAGAUGUUGUGCCACUUAGUGGCAAGGCCCCAAAUUCCACUAAAUAAUGAAUUUUAAAUUUUACAACGUAAUACGUAUGCAUGCACGAUGAUCUUAAUUAACUUAAGGAAAAAUUGUCUGAUUGUUCAAUUUUAAUUGUUCUAUUUUAAAAUGCAAUAUAUUUUUAUAUUCCAAA